AACUGUUUCUUUAAAAGCCAUGUGUCAUUAUGCCUAUGACAGCCUAUGUCACAAACAAAUACAGUGGAUGAAGAGGUACGCCCCAUCGUUAAACUAACUUUGACGUGUUCGUUUCUUCACUUCAUAUAUUUUUUCCCCUGUCGUUUUCUAAUUUCUACCCAAAAUAAGUAAAGUACCCAUGAAAUACAGUUUGAUUACUUAAAAAAUAAAAAUAAAUCAGUAAUAUGUAUGUUGAUUAAAUACAUCAGUUUCAGAAGAGGCUCAUGUCAAAAGCACAAGAUUCAAGAUGACCCCCACACUUUUUAAUAUAAAAAAACAAAAAAAACAAUCAUACACAAAAAUUAACAACAAGGCAUUCAGCAGUUUCAUUUUAUUUUUAUUCAUCACUGUAUUCUUUGAGCAAUAUUAUUAUAAGCAGAGGAAAUUUUUUUUUUUUUUUUUACUAUCAAUUAAAGCAUAGAAAUUAAUAAAGACAGACCCAAAGUGAAAUUGUUGCAGCAAAAUCAAUACGUAAAAUAAGACUGAAACUAUCCUCUCACUAACCCUUAAUGUUAAAAUAACAAUAUAAUUAAAAUUAUUAAAAUAUUAAUGUUUUGAGGCAAAAAGUAAGAUGUGUGAGAACACUUAGGAAAUGAAUUAAAGUGACACCAAGAAUUAGAUAUUACAUCAUUAAUCAUUAAAUGUGAGAUUUAUUUUUAAUGCAUUAACACAAUAUGGAUGGACUGUACAGAUUCAGUAUCUUUCUCAAAUGUGCAUAUGAAAUCAUUUCUAACAAUUGUACAAUUCUUAUUCAAUAUCAGAGUCAAAAUAUAUCUUCUUUAAAUUAAAAAACAAUUGACAAUACACAUAACCUUACUAAAAAAUAUUAAAUUAAUUUUUUUUUACACAAUUUAAUGAUAUGUUUAAGUAUAAAUUAAAUUUGAAAAUGUGUUGAAAAGAUCAAUUUUUCAAAUUAUAUUUCCAAAAACCAAGGUUUGAUAUUUAAAGAAGAAUGCAUUUUUGGUGGCUACAGUAAAUAACUAUACUUUUUAAUAAAAAUACAAAACAGGACCGUCCAGCUAUGAGAUUAUCCACACUCAUUCAUGUAUCUAUAAUACUAACAUUUAAUAUUUUAAACAUGUGACAUUGAGAAUGCAGUUAUUGUUAGCUUUUUUUCAAAAAGGAGAUUUUUGCACCCAAAAGUGGAGGACAUUAGGGCUCUGUAUCAUAAAUCCCAAUAUACCGGUUACCAGUACAUUAAUUUGGGUUUAAAUUUCUUGUGUUUGAAAAAAAGUACGGUACCUAUAACUGACUAUUUAUUUCACUGAUACACAUAAUCUUUGGGUAACAAUAAAUAAAUAUAUAGGAGCCAGAAUGAUCAAUUCAUUGAUCGUGGGCCCUCAAAAUAAAGAAGAAGAGGAGAAAUUUUAUUUACACCCAUGGUUCAAAACACAGGUUAGUCAAAAGAAAAGAGAAGUUUCACCUGUCCUUGUUUUAAGUAUUGAAAAAUUAAGAAAAUGUUAUAAGGCUAUGCUGUCUCAUAAAAAAUGUAUCCGUGUUUUAUUAAAUAGAUGAGACUAAGGUUACACCACUGACGUUUAAAUUUUUUACGUAUUGAUAAUACAAAAGGAAAUUAAAAGUUAAAAGAAUUUUCCAAAACUCACUGUCCAUGAAGAUAUUAAAGAAAAUUACAGAAUACUGAGUCUUUGUUAAAAUAGUUAUGAUUGAUAAAGACAUACAUGGUUUUGUUUCUCUAAGACUAAAGUUGAGGCUAAAGUAAUACUCUUGUUUUGUUAAUUACAGUUUAUUGAUUUUUUUUAAUUUAAAGAAAAAUGUAUUUGUGGUUUAAAAAUUAUAAUUUAAGUACUAAAUGGCGGUAGCGAUUUCAAUUAGUUAAAGUGAACAAUAUCAGCAAUAUUUAUUAAAAAUUUAAAAAAUAACGUAAAACACUACAGAAAAUGCCAUAAACUUGACUUAUAAUGAAUACAACAUAUUUUUUAAGAUGCUUGUCAUGGAGCUGCAUUCAUACUACAAAUUGAUUAGCCAUGAUAUAAGCACACAUGAAUUUGUUUCAACAUCUCAUUGAUUUUUAAUGUCUAUGAAGCAGUCAGAUAGUAAAAUAUAAACUGAAAAAAGUGGAUGUAAUAGACUACCUGUAGAGCAUAAUCUAUAUUUUAUCAUCAUUAUUUUUCAGAAAAUAUUUUAAACUUAGAAAGUAAAUAUUGAGAGUUGACUAGUUAGUGAUACAAUUUUAAAUCUUUGUUAACAUGGAGAUCUAUAUUUUACAAUGUAUUAAUUUAAUCCUCUGAGAAGCAGCCUAAAUAAUUUUUUUUACAAAUUUAAAGACCAGCCAUAGUUUAUAUAUAAUUAUAUACAUGUGUGGAACAACUUUUAGGUUUGGGGCAGUGAAUGAUAAAAGUAAUUUAUCUCUAUGCUUGAAAUUAUAAAUAAAAGGGAUUAGACAGCAAAAAGCUCAUAAAAAUUGCAAGGCCACAAAGCUGAAAAAGGUUUUUUGUAAAGUAAAAACACAUAUUCUUUGUUUCUAUCUUUAGUCAAGCUUCAUCCUAAAUCAUUACAUACAUUUUAUUUUAAAGUGAUGAGAAGAGUAAGACAUAAAUGCACCAGCACAGAAGAAGACAACAUAUUUCUAUCAUUGGGGUACUGUAUUUAAAUAUCACAAAUAAGGACAAAAUAAUUUGUAAUGGUACUAAUAUGUAGCAAAAAGUAAUUUGUAAUGUAUUUAUUGCUUUAUAAACAAUUUAUUUAGCCAACUUUUAACUGCAAAAAGGCUACUUCAUACAAAAUUAAAUUUAAACCAAUUUUUAAAAGGAACUAAAAACUUUAAAUAAAAAUAGGUACCGUAUAUAUAACACAGGGAUCUCGAACAGACAACAUUAGUUUUUUUACAAUUUAAAUUUAUGUUAGUUUCAGAUUUGUGUUCUAGUGACAGACAUAUUUGACUGCAAAUCCAUAACUAAACCUUGUCUGCACUUACCAAAAUGAAGCCAUAAAGUAAAAUUUGAUUUGGUUUUCUAACUUAGCUUCAUUCAUAAAAAAAAAAAAAAACCUUUACCUUUUUAAAAAUGUUUUUAAAAGAUGUUGGACUAUCUUAAAGGCAAGUAGGCUCUAGCUUCAUCAGGCAAAAAAAGUUUAUAAACCAUUCAUUGUAAAAAAUAAAAUUAUCAAGAACUUUGAACUGUUCCUCCCAAGUUUUGUAAAUAACUGAUGGAAUAGGUUAACUCAAUAAAUAGUACAUCAACAAAAUUUGUACAUAACAAAGUAAAGAAAAAACCCCCAAACCUGCACAAUAAAAGAUGGAAAUACAGUCUGGGAUCAAACAAAAACAUAUGUACUGAUCUGUUGAUUGAGAUUUAUAUAACCCAAAAACGUUUCAUAUACCCUAAUGGGAAAAAAUAAAAAAGUUUUUUUCAAUAACAUUUAGGUUAACUCAAAGGAUAAUGAUAAAGUAUUUUAUUAACAUAAAAUUAAUUCUUAAAUACCAGUAAUUUAAAAACUGGAAUCUCAAUUCUCUUACAAUACUUUUAGCUUAGUUUCCUUUACCGCUACUUAAUGUGAUAAAUUUAACUUUGGAAAUAUUAUAGAUCCAGGUGAAUGUCUUGUUACAGUGGUAAUUCUAGGAUAAAAAUAAUGAUCAAACCCACAAGAUAUCCAAGCAUUUACCCCAGUACAUCUUACUUAAGAAUGGUCACACCAGAGUGUGUUUCAGAAAACACAUAGCUAGUUAACAGUAUUAAAAAAAAUAUUAUGGCAGUAGUACCAAGAGACACAAAUUUCCAUAAAAUUAAGUUCAAUACAGUCAGAAAAUUCAAAUCAAGAGAAAUACUUAAUCAGUUCACAUUUAGGUUGUGUGUUUGAACAAUGACUGCAAAAAUACUAACAUUACAUUACAAGGUAGCAUCAAAUUCUGUUUCUUCUUUUAUUAUUACCAAGAUUCAGUUGAAAAUGUUUAAGAACAUCUUAAACUUAAAUAUAUCAUUUUAAAACAAACAACAACAAACAUUUAGUUAUUUGGUUAAAUAUUGAAAUACAUACACAACAAGCAAAACAGUGUUUAUCAUAAUUAUGCAUGUCACAAAAAAUGGAGAGUUUGAAGUUUAAUUUAUUCAUAAAUGACUAAGUUUUUAGAUGUAGCUUGUGUUCUGUAUGGAGAUCAACAACGAUUUUCUUAAAAGAUGAAUCAUAGUGUUGAAAUCACAAGCCUUGGUUGAAAGACAAUGUAUUGUCACAGAAAACUGAAAUAGGUGAAACAAAAAAAAUUAUUAUCAACUUUUCAACCAUAUUCAUCUAAUGAAUUUGAUAACCCACCUAAAAAGUUACUUUUUUGUAUUUACAGUACCUGUAUUUGACUUUAGUCAUAUAAAAAUUAUGAGUUCCAAUUAAGCUAAAUCUGAUAACUGUCUUGCCUUUAAAUAUUGAAGAAGAUAUGAUACAAUUUAUUGGAUUAACCAAUCUGGACACCCUAUGAAAUUAAUGUUCAUCAACUAUGUUCUUUAUACUGACAUUUUUAACAAAAGGCAUACAUUGUAAAAAAUAUAAUUCUCUUUAUACUAUAUCCAUUAAAUUCAAUAUACACAAAAAAUUUAAGGUUUCAGAAACAUGAAAUUAUUACAAUCUGGCAUCAGAUUCUUGUGUAUCAGUAUAACCAUGUAAUUUUCUAUAAGUUUCAAAAGGGCUUUCCAUAAAGUAUGUCAUGCCCUGGAAAAAAAAAAAGGAUGGGGGGUGUCUAAGAAAGUGUGACAGUUUGUGAUUUUUUUUUUUGGGGGGGGGGGAGAAGAGUGUUAAAAUAUUGUGUCAUGUCACACAUUCAUUAUUUGUUUAUCAUACAAACAAAUCUGGAAAUUGACAAGUGAUACUAAAAUUUCUUUAUUGUGAUGGAUGUUUUCUGACGGAAGAUUUCACUUUUAAGCAUUUAAUAGUGUGUUUUAGAUUAAAUUUUAGUUUGUUGCUAAUUUUUUGAACAGUUUUUUAAAGUUCGAAAGUGUGGCCUACUUUAGUGGGGUGGGAGUGGGUUUCCCUGAGAUUGUGACAGUGGGGAGGGAGGGAUUAAAAUUUUGUUUUAAAUAGUGUGGUAUACUUUAUGGACAGCCCAAAGAUAGUAAGCAUAGUUUGAUACCUGAAUAUAAUUUAAUGUAAGCAAACUAAAAUUUGAUAAGAAAGCCUACAUAUUUAUAUGUUGAUCAUACCGGUAUUUCUAUUUCACUGUUCUAAGAAUAAAUAUGUUAUGAGUAUGAAUACAUUACCAUUAUGAUUUGAAUUCUGCUAUUUAAUUAAGAUGAGGUUGAAUAAUUGUGAUCCUUCUUUGCUGAUGAACUUUGAGAAAAAGAGUUUAAACUUCUGUAGGCUUCCUCUAUCCUCAUAUCCUGAGAGACAAUAGAGCUUGCUGUGCUUUGUGGACUAACCCAAUCUCUGGCUCCUACACUACCACUACUUUUGCGAGACAAACCACUAUGAAAAUAUGUGUGGUCAUCUCGCAUUUUCUGCCGGGGGAAUGUGGCUGAAGAAAAUUGAUGUCUCUCAGCAUUUUCGGAAAUAGUCAAAGUGUUAUCAUCAUUACUUUCAGGGGUACUAGAUAAAACUGACUUUGGCCUCACAUAAGUAUGGUCAUCCUUUUGGGGCAUUCCAGAAAGAAAGAAAUUCUGUAACAUUUGAGCAUGCCCAACUAUUAAUUUAUCACUGUCCCGGCCAUUUGUGUGAUCAGUGUUGGAGACAUAGUCAUGAUCGGCAACCUCCAUCUCAUGAUCUUCAUUUCCAUUUCGACUAGCUGCUUCCAAAAGAGUUUCUUGUUCGAAAAGACUAUGACUUGCUGCAGUACCAUCCCAUGUUGCCGUAGCAUAAGUAUGGUCUGCUUUCCGUGGCCAGCAUGGAAACUCAAGUGUGUCAUUGACAAGUCUGUGAAGUGUAUGAGAAAUUCCUGUCUUUUGAACACUUUCAGUGGAUUUGGAAGUUUUUAUACUAGAUUUACCACUAUCAAAACUAACUUCUUCAAAAGAGCAAGAUUUUCUGGGAGAGUUCUUUGACAGAACAUUGGGCCACUCACAAGCUCUGCUAACAGUGCCCUGUGUUUCGCACUGGGUCUCUAUUUUGCACCUGUUGUUAUCAAUAUCACAGUUUAGAUUCUCUACUGAUGAGCACCUCUUGUGUUUUAAAGAAGUCAAAUUUUCUUCAGAAUUUAAAAUCUUAGAUGCAUGUUGAAAAUUAAGUUUCAUUUCAUCAGUAGAUAAAGCAGUUUCAUCUUUCAUUUUCAAUUGUGACAAUGGUAUUGUUUUUUCUUCCUCGUCUGGAAGACGACUCACCUUAAGUGCUGCUAGUGCUGCCUUGGCAGUUUGCGAACGAGUUGUUAUAUUAGAGCCACUAGAGGCAUACGUGUGGUCACUUUCUUUCUUAAUACCAUAUCCACAGGUGGAUUCGAGCAUAUUUGAUUCUUCUCUAACAUUCUUGUGGUCUAAAGCAAGCACCAUAUCGGCAAAAGUCAAUAAAGAUGUAGUUGUGGCUUGAGGAGGGGGUUCCCCAAAGCCAACUCGCGAGGAAGAAAAGAAAACAUUGACAUCCCCAGAGCCAUCUACGGACAUUAUGCUCUGUAAAUAGGAUAACAUAUAACUUUUAUCUCAAUAUAAAUCCAUAUACAUUUGGAAUAUUCAACAUUAUACAUUAUUUUUGCAUUUUCUCUGAAAUAUAAUGAAUUCGAUGGAAUGUCAUUCAUCGUCCACGAUGCAACCUUUCCGUGUCGCUAUACUGAGUUUGACUGCUUCCGUCUGAUUGAAAACGAGGUCAACAACUUAAUUUCCAUUUUUUCUAGUAAUUUUAUUGGUUGAAUCCUUUCUUAAAAUAAACUUUACUUUUGAGUGUAAUGACACACUGUGUUGUUGUAAUGGUACACAGUAACACGGCUCAAGUUCACAAUGUGUGAUUGUCACGUCUAGGUGUAGGCCUACACACUAAAAGUGCGUCUCUAACUCUUGCUAACAAUACACAUUUCACUGAUUACCGGUAAGAACUUGGACUCAAGCAUUUUUGUUCGCUUUACUACAUAAACCUGUCUAAGUCUAAUCCUAAUCCUAGGUCUAGUGGUAGUGACUCAGUAAAUAGUAAAUUAAACUAAUUUAAAGAUUAAAGUCAGUUAUCAAUUUGGCUUGGUGAACAAUUUACGGCCAAUUUACAAUUAAAUUGAAUUAGUAAUUAUUAUAGUAAUUGACAUUGUCUGUUGAUUGCUACUAAUACUAAUACUAUUAAAUUGAUUAUUAGCCUAUAGUACUAUACUUACUAUUAUACGCAGUAUUGCUAAACUAAAGACUUGCAUUACUAAUAGUAAUAAUAUAUAGUAUAGUAUAUAAUAUAUAGUAUAGUAUAUAGUAAAAGUACUAAACUAAAAGUAGUAAACUAAUUUAAUAAGACAAGACAUUAUUUUAUCAUUUAUUAACGGUAGCCAUACCAUUAUGUUAUUAAGUUAUUAUAUAACUUAACUUGCUUAAAUCUCAGGAAAUCGUUAAAAAUAAAUUGUGUAAAUAAUUUAACAAUAUUAAUAUAAUGUGGACGUGGAAGAACAUGGAAAAUUACAUCAUUAGUCAUGAUUAGUACAUAAAUGUGAUUGUUGUAGCCUAGUAAUAUUAAUAAGUUAGUAAUGUUAUUAUAUAUAUAGAUCUCCAUGUUAACAAAGAUUUAAAAUUGUAUCACUAACUAGUAAUAUUAUUUCUAAUACUGCAUUAAUUUUUCUGAUCUGUAUUUUAUUUAUGUUAAAUAUGCCUUACUUUUAGAUGGACAUUAUCUGUUUGUAUUGAAAAUUUCAUAGUGAUAGCUUUAUUGGUUUAAUAAUUAUGUCAUUUUUUGAAGAAAAAAAUUUGUUCGACAAUUGUCGUUAUCCAUGCUAUAUGCUUAUAAAAAAUUUUUUCAAAAAAUAUAAUAAGUUAAUUCAAAAUUCAUGUGUUUAAUUUUGUUAAACAUUGUAUUGUAAAUGUGUUCUCCAAAUUUGAGCAGUCUAACUUUAAAAGCCAACAAGAUACAACCAAAAUAGUACAAAAAGAGUAAUAAUUAGAUCACAGUUUUAAAAAUUAAAUACAAAGCCAAAUAGUGGGAAAAAAUAAAUCACUAAAAAAUUCAUAACUUUUCUUCUACAAGUGAUAGAAAGAUUAUCUUGGUGUCAAUGGAAAGCUUAAAGUCAGCUCUUUCCAAUGAUAUGCUCUUUGUGUAUGUCAGAUGUAUCUGAAAUUUUGAGUUGGAGUACCUAGUGAUAAUGACAUUGAUUUAUAGAUACAGUAAUACUUAAAGUUUGUAAAAGUACAUAAUAAAUAAUAGUAAUAGUUUAUGAAUAUGAUGUGUGAUUCUGUGAAAUUUGAAAAGGUUUGUUGGCCCGUAGAAGUAGUGAAGAGUGCCUUCUAAGUCUAAAGUAAUGUUAUUGCUAUUCAAUUUUCUGUUUUGAACACCAUUGGCAUAUUAUCACAAAUUCUUAAAUACAAUGUGACUUUGUUAUUACAUUUCAGAAUUAUGGCCAAAAAAAUACUCAUAACAGGUGCUUCAGGGCUUCUUGGAAGAGACUGUUUAUCUGCAUUCUUCCAUGACCCUGAAUGGACAACACUUGGGUUAGCUUACUCACGAGCAGGAAGCAAUCUCAGAAAAAUAGAUUUGACAGAUGCAAAGCAAGUCAAUGAUGUCAUUAAAGAAUUUAAGGUGCAUUACUUAUAAGUUAGGCCUACAUCAUACAUUUUGUAAAGACUUUUAUUAUUACUAUAUUAAUAAGGAUCAAACAAUAUGCGCCAAAUUAUACAGUGAUGAAAAUCCAGUAUGUGUACUUGUAUAUGCAUUCAUCAAAGAUACAUAGCUCCAGGCAUCACAUGUUCCUUUUAGAAAAAAAAGGAAGAUAAGUUGGCCGUGAUGUAGGAUAGGGGUGUAAGGGGGCGGCUUGUCCUGAACGACCUGUUUCUUUCUUAAAAGGAGGGGCAGUUGUUUUGGGGAGAAAGACUUCUUUUUUUUUUUUUGGUGGUGUUGUGUGGAGGGGGGGGGGGGGGGGGCAAACAAAUACCUACCCACAUCGGGUAGCACUAACUCUAGCUACACCACUGUAUAUUGGGCAUUUGUUGGAAACUAUGAACUUGUUUUGGCCCUAACUGUAUUUAAACAAAUUCACUGUAACCGUCACAGAUAUAGGAAGAAAGGACGGUCUGCCUGGGGCGACAAUUAUUUUGGGGCUGUAUUUUCACUCUACACUUGGUAACGCUUAUUUUUUAUACUUAUUCUGUAAGGAUUGGGGUUUUGCUCAAAUAGGGGUGGUAAAAUUAAAUACUGCUCCAGACAUCGCAACCUUUGGCUACUCCACUACCAAGCAUUAUAAUGCUGUGGGUAAAAGCUUAUAAACAAUGAAGAAUGAUGAAUCCUGAAAACUAUCAAACUUAUUGUUAAAGUAUGAAUAAGAAACGUUUUAAAAAAUUGGAAGUUGUAUUUAUUUAUGCAUUUUUGUAUAGCGCUUACCUUACAGCUCUAAGCGCUUUACAAUUUUUAAAAAUAGGUAAACUAUUUAAAACUGCUAAAAUAAAAUAAAAAAUGAAAACAAGACAGACUAGAACAGUAAAAAGUUACUAUAAAAACAGUAGCUAAAACAUUAAAAAUGGCUAUAAAAAGAAGAAAACUUAGGCACAUUUUGGCAUAUACAUUGAAAAAACAUAAAUACAAAAUCAACCCGAGAACGAGGCAGGGAAGGUGCAUCACAGGUCAUAGGCGGACCUAAACAGAUGGGUUUUAAGGGACUUUUUGAAAGUGGACGAGGUUUCACAAUGACGGAUGUGGAAGGGGAGCUGGUUCCAGAAUGUGGGCGCGUGGAAGAAGGAGCAUUCACCAAUGUACCAGUCAUACCCUUUUUGUGUGCUCAAACUAUCAUAUAAAUCACUAUUGCAUAAAAGUUAUGAAUUCGAAAAUAAGUGUUCCCCCCUCAUGCCUUUGAUGCUUAAAAAAAUUGGAUUGGAUUUCUUUAUUUUUAGAAGGACAGCGGAACAUUUGAUGUGCACAUUAGAAACUGAAACAUUUUUUGUGAACUGGUUAAUGUAGCCAAUAGUUAAUCAUAUGAUAAAUUCCUAAUUGAAUUCUCUAGCCUACAGUCAUUCUCCAUGCGGCAGCUGAGAGAAGGCCAGAUGUUGUUGAAGAACAAGAGGAGAAAACUAAAAAUAUAAACGUUGAUGCCACCAAAAAUUUAUGUGACUUGGCAAGUAAGUUCACAGACUGCACUUCAGUCAGCUGGAAAUUUUGCAACAAUUAAAUCUUUAGCACAAUUCACAGACUUUCUGUUCUAAUAAUAUAUUUUUCAUUAUUCGAGAUCAAGAAUGGAUUUUGUUUAACAGCAAUAUCACUAAUCUGCUAAAUAAUGCAGAUUGUUUAAGUGUCUGAGUCACAGAAGGAUCUAGUGAUAUGAAAUUAUGUUUAUAUAAUGUUCUGCUACAUGUUUGUAGGUCACAACAUCUUUUUUCAGCUGCCUUUGUUUCCAUCAGAGAUAGAACAUUAUAAUGGUAAUUAUCCAUUUCCUUGAAAACCUGUACUGGGUGCUUGGUGGCCAAGUGAUCUAAACUGACUCAUUCCAAAUAGUGGUGGUCUGGAGUUCAAUUCCCACCAAAGCAAACAUCCCAAGCGGUGGAUGGGACUCAUUAAUCCUUGGAAGGCAACUCAUCUAAGAGAAGGCUAAGUCUGAAUUCAAGCCAGGAGCCAAAAUGAUCAAUAAUUUGAUUGUGGGCCCUCAAAUAUGAAAAAAAAAAAAAACUUUUUUCAUUGUAGCUAUAUAUAGCUGUAUUUUCAUGUGUCUUUUUAAUAAGGCGAGUCAUCAAAUAUGGCACAAAACCCCAGAUGAAGCUACAUUUGAAAACAUUUCUUGUUAUAAAAAUUAAUCUUGUCUCAACUGUAAGUUUUAUAGUUUAAUUUAUGUUUUAAAAAAUUUAUUAGAGCGACGCUAUCAUAUUUUAUGGUUUUUUUUCAUUUUGUCACAGAUGAAGUAGGUGCUUACAUCUUAUUCAUCAGCACAGAUUAUGUCUUUGAUGGCACAAAGGCUCCAUACAAACCAACUGACAAGCCAAAUCCAUUGAACAAGUAUGGCCUCAGCAAAGCAGAAGGAGAGAGGGUGGUGAUGGAGUCUAAUCCAAGUAAUAUUUAUUUGAUAGUUUGGUAUUAACUUACUGAAAACUGUAAAUAAAUCCAAAUGUUGCAUGGUUAUUAAUUGAGAAUAUGGAAUCCUCACACUUUCAAAACCAUGCUGAUUUACCUAUAUUUCACUAAUUGUUUUAUCUAAAGGAAAUAUAGUAAUGCGGGUGCCUGUCUUGUAUGGCGUUGUAGAAAGAUUAGAUGAAAGUGCAGUGACUGUAUUAUUCAGCAAGGUGAAGGACCCAAGCAAGCCAGCAGAGAUGAACCAUUAUGAGCGCCGGUAUCCCACAUCUUGUUCAGAUUUGGCAGAUGCUAUUAAAAUUCUGAUUGAAAGCAGGGUGGAGGUGAAUACAGCAUUUCUUGUGUGAUCACUGCAUAUUUUGUUUCGUACUUUUAUGAUAAUUUUUUUUAAAGACGUUUUGAGUGGGUGUAUGAAUUUUUUUUUUAUGUUUCAAGAAAAAAAUUGUUUUAAGAUUUAAGUUUCUUUAUGAUAAUUGUUAGGUUUUUUUUAAAAAUUCAGUUAACCUGGUGGAUGUAGUAAUUUUUUUCCUCAUUAAAUGAUUACAUCAUUUUUAUGUUGAACCAUGUUAGUUUUUUUGUGUGUAAAGUUAGCCAAAUGCAAGCUGUUGUAUGUUUACAUAAUUGCUGGCUAUUUUCAUUUCAGAACCCAGAACUAACAGGCUAUUUUCACUGGAGUGGAACCCAGAUGAUGACCAAGUAUGACAUGGCACUGGCCAUGGCUGAACUAUUUGGUAUUCCCACAAAUCACAUUGUAGCCGACACAAAGCCAGCCACGGGUGCACCACGACCAUUUGAUUGUCAGCUGGAAUGUUCCAGAAUGGAAUCCUUAGGAGCUACAAAAAGGACUCCUUUUAAAGUUGGCAUCAAAGCAGCCCUAGAAAAGUUUUAUCCCUAAUGUGAAUUCAAUAUCUCUCAUGAUUCCAAUGAGCUGACAUCACCAGGCAUAAGUGAAAGAAAGAUGAGCAGCUUGUUUCUAACAUAAUUUUUAAAAAUGGCAUUUACUUUGUUCUAUUUUCCUUAUUAUUAAACAAUGGACUAUUUAAAAAGAAUUUACAAGUGCAACACAAAUACAAUGUUGGCUAUGGGUUUUAUUAUUUCAUGGGAAAAUAAAUCACUGGUUUAUAAAUUGUUAGUUUUGUUUAAAUGCUAUGUGUUAAUAUUUAAUUAAUCAUUCAGUUGUCAAAGGUUGUGUACGGGGUUAAUAAAUGUAUUAUGUUAUAAGUUAUAGCAAUAAAAUGGUGGAAUAAAAUAUUCAUUGCUAUAUUGUUUUCAGUGAUACAUAAUACAAUAGUGAAGAAACAUAGUCUUCAUUGUUAAAAAAUAAUUUUUUAAACAUUGCCAUAAUUAAAUCUAUUUGAUUUACUUUGAAUUAAAAUUGUGAACUUUGUCAGUUACCAUAGCAUUGCCAUGUACAAUUUGCAUUUAUUUAUGUCUAUAAUCAUAAUAAAUUAAUGCUGGGUUGAUCUUUACCAGUGAUUUGGAGUUGGUUAUUUUAAAUUAUCAAGUUUAACUUAUUUGUGUUAAAAUAUCUUUGGUUUUAUUUUCACAAAAAAAAUACUUUUAAUUAGUAUAAAUGAUAAAAUUUUAGGGUUUUAAGGCCAAAGAAAAAUAAAUGAUAUAAAAAGUAAAAAAACAUCUUGAAAAUAUAAAUUUUAUUUUUAGCUAUGUUCAAACUUUUGGCUCCUUUUAAUUUUAUUUG